AUGAGUGCCACUACAUCUAUUCAAAAAUCGCAACAACCUCAACAAAAGCCAGGCUUUCGAAAAAUAAUGACCUGGAAUCCUAAAAGAAGUAGCAAAAAAACCCCUAAUUUAUCUUAUAAUAAUGCGUCCGAAGGAGACGACAAAUCAUCGCCUGCUCCGGCAAGCCCUACUCCUAGUUUGAGGAGUCUUAAAUCGGGAAGACCAUCUCUGUUUGCAACCUUUGCACGCAGAAAUUCUACUAAAAGCGAGCACUCCUCAAGGAGCCGUUCACCUACGAGUCCUAGACCCUCACAUGACUUAAAUUUUGCUUCGGAUGGGAUUCGUACCCCAAGCCCGACACCAUCACGAAAUUCUAUGAUAUUUGAACGGGACAUUGAAUUUCAUGAUCAUCUUAGCGUUCACGAGGCCAUCGACCUCGCUAUUCCUCCUGUUUUAGAUGAUGCGGCCGAAGCAUUUGUGAAUGAAGAAAUACCUACUAUUCUAACAGAGACUAAUGGUGAACACCAGGAAGAUAAUGGAGAUGGCAAAGACGGUGAAUCCGGAACCGGGAAACAAGAAUCAAUUGGUGAGGAUCCUCGGGUUAUUCCAUUAGUAGAAAAUGAAGGUCGAAAGCGACUUUCGUUAAUAAAUUAUGCAGAAAUCGUUGAUCACCAACAUACAAUUGCUGAAACCUUAAGAGUAACAACACCAAGAGAAAUGAAUGAGUUAACUGGAAUAUUUGAUAAAUAA